AUGGAGGCCCUUCGGCGGGCCCACGAGGCCGCGCUCCGGAUGCUGCUAUGCGGGCCCCGGGCCUCGGGCGCCGCCUCCCGCCCGAAGCCCCGCGCCUCGGAGGUGCUGACGAGACACCUGCUGCAGCGGCGCCUGCCGCACUGGACCUCCUUCUGCGUGCCCUACAGCGCCGUCCGCAACGACCAGUUCGGCCUCUCGCACUUCAACUGGCCGGUGCAGGGCGCCAACUACCACGUCCUGCGCACCGGCUGCUUCCCCUUCAUCAAGUACCACUGCUCCAGGGCGCCCUGGCAGGACCUGGCCCAGCAGAACCGCUUCUUCACGGCGCUCAAGGUCGUCAACCUCGGUGAGUGGCAGCCGCCGGGGACGGCCCCGCCGUCCACAAAGCACCUCGGCACACGUUGCCCGCCAGAGGCCCAGAGCCGGCGGCGUCGGGCGCGGGUCCGCCUCGCUUCGGCCGUGCCCGAGGGUCCGCGACACCGCCCGCCUCCACCCACGGAGCGACCUUCCAGGGCCGGCCUUGGGCGCUGA